UAUUAAUGCUGCGCAUACUGUUUCCCCGCCCAAUACCUACUGGUAUCGUCUGGAAAAGCUUGCAACUUGGUUUACCACAAGAACUGGUCCAACGACACAACCAAACGAGAGUGUGGACGAUGUCUUCACCUGGGAAGCGACGGGCAAGCAAUGCCGCCAUCUCCCCACCACCUAUCAAACGAAAAGCGCAGACAACAAUCACCAAAAGCCCGGCCUUCAAGACCUUGGAAUGGUCCGAGAACUUGGAAACUGACAACAAUGUUGCCUCAGAAACUGCCGUCGCCUCUUUCUUCACUCCAACUUCCCAAAAGCCCAAGGAACGAACAAUCUGGAAUGAGCGCAUCCCACCAAACAAUGGAAAGGACAACAAUGACGCUCGCGCAACUCUCCUAGUUGCACAAUACAGCCCUGAAAACUACCAGACCGAGCCACCAUCGAAGAGGAGAAAAGUUGCGGCAUUCGAUCUGGAUGGCACUAUCAUACGAACAGCGUCCGGCAAGAAGCAUGCCGACGGACCUGGCGACUGGCAGUGGUGGGACCCAUGCGUGCCACUUAAACUCAAGAGCUUAUACCAUGAAGACGGCUACCGUGUCGUCAUUUUCUCGAACCAAGGAGGCCUCACGCUUCACCCCGAUCCCAAGUCUAAGGGGCCAAAAAAUACCAAACGGACCGAUCAGUUCAAAGUCAAGGUCAAUUCCAUCUUGUCAAAACUCGACAUCCCCAUCACUCUCUACGCUGCGACGGCAAAGGACAUCUUUCGCAAGCCACGACCCGGCAUGUGGGAUGAGAUGCUCGACGACUAUGACCUGAAAGGGACCGGAGCCACACCAGACAUGGAACACAGUUUCUUCGUUGGAGAUGCGGGCGGCCGGACAGCGCAGUUGGUUUCUGCAAGCGCCGUGACUGCGAACGCGGCCAUCAAGAGUAAAGGCAAGAGUCGAGCGGGACCAGCGGCUUUACCCAAGGACUUUAGCUGCUCAGAUCGCAAUCUGGCCCAUAACAUAGGAAUAGACUUCAAGACUCCAGAGGAGUACUUUUUGGGAGAGGAACCCCGGGAUUUUGUCCGUGAUUUCGACCUCGCCAGCCACCCAUUCCUAGAUCACGACGGAGAGCACAAGGCGCUUAUAGAGCGGAAGAAUGACAAGGACAUUAUCCUUUUCUGUGGGCCUCCAGGCGCAGGAAAGAGCACAUUCUACUGGAAAUACUUGAAGCCGCUUGGGUACGGGAGGGUUAACCAAGACACGCUGAAAACCAAAGAAAAGUGCUUGAGCGCUGCUGCCGAGAUGCUCAAGGAUAAAGUCUCGGUCGCCGUUGAUAAUACAAAUCCUGAUCCAGACACCAGGGCACAAUGGGUCGCUCUCGCUAAGAAACAUGGUGUUCCUAUACGCUGUGUGUGGUUCAAGACACCGCUGUCAUUGGCUCAACACAAUGACGCCGUCCGGUCUAUGAACGAUACAAUGAACCCCGAAUCACGAGCUGGACUUCCCGCUCUAGCUUUCAAUAGCUUCAACUCGAGACUCAAGGAACCAAAGGUCGGCGAGGGUUUCCAGGACGUAGUCGAGAUUGAUUUUACCUUUAGGGGUACGAAAGAAGAAUACGACCUGUGGGGGAAAUAUUGGCUCUAAACGAACACGACUUCUGACAAGCAAUGAGCCAAGCACUUAAAUGUUCAGAAUAACUUGGCAAAUAUUACAUGCGUUGAGGACUGAUCUCCCCUGCCAAGGAGCCAAGUCGGUUCUUGACGAUUGAGCCCCGGAUACUACAUUUCCUCCAAUAUUUGACCUGCCCAGACCUGCCAGGAUACUUUAAAACAUCCACCGGCACUAAAGACUCGAGAUUUUACUCCAUCAACAUACUCCAGAGAUUCAUCCUUCGCUCCAAGAUCGAUAAGCACCACCACAUCUCCACCACUAUUUAGAUCGUUACGCAGCAGCAGUCGAAUGGAAGCGGGCAUGGUAUGCAGAAACAGAAACGACCCGGACAGCAACCGCCGCGACCGUUGUCACCGCCUCUGAGGCCCACUUCGGCUUCAUCUCCACUGCUGCGAGUUGAGUCUGGAUUCGCCCGAGAAGCGCCCGCCUGUGGACGAACAUCUGCAUCGUCUCCAGUAGAACUGGCUGCUCUUUGACCAGUACAGCCGCCGAUGGAGUUUGCAGCGGCAUGUUGUUCUUUUCGUCGAUGUUUUGCGACAUUUUGCGCUUAGCUUGAUUAGGAGUUUUCCUUGGUGAUUUUUGGGGCGGGGCUUCAAUCAGUUCUGUGUUGGCUCAAGAAAGCUUGGGGGUUGGCCAAGGUAGAGAAUUGCAGCCAGUGUCGAUACCUUGGCAGCUCUCGUGUUAUGCCAACAUGCCAAAGGCUACAAUGACGUAAUCUAGGUCCCUGCGAAACUGCUGAUCUGCCCUUGUUGUCCAACAUCACGUGUUAUGUGCUUCAAGAAUCGAAUGGUAAUAGGCAUCCUUGCAUCAUCCAUCCAUGACACCCAAUCAAAU